GGAAGCGAGCGUGUUGUGUUUGUUUUGUUUGGGUUUUGUUUUCCGUACACAAAAAUGGGGGUUGUGUACGGGUUCGUAUGCUUUUUGGGGUUCUUUGGGGUUUUGGCCGGGGCGUCAUCGGACGUGUUCGACAGCGUUUUGGGAAGCACGCUGUCUUGCCAUCGCUCUUGUGAAAUGACGUAUACUUUACACACGUACCCUCAAGAAGAGGAACUCUACGCUUGUCAGCGAGGCUGUCGGUUGUUCUCUAUUUGCCAGUUUGUUCGUGACAGUAAAGACUUGAAUCAUACCACGGCCGACUGUCAGUCAACCUGUCAAGAAGCCUACACCCAAGUUAACGAGCAGUACGCGUGCAACCUUGGCUGCCACAACCAGCUUCCUUUUGCUGAGCAACGCAAUGAACAGCUUGAAGCAAUGGUGCCGAGGAUUCACCUGCUGCACCCGCUGAUGUUUGUGCGGGACUUCUGGGAGGACAUGAUGAGUCAGGCGCACAGCAUCAUCACCUCAACAUGGACCCUUUAUCUCCAGGCCGACAACGGCAAAGUAGUCAUUUUCCAGUUUGAAACAGAGAAAGAGGAUGACUCCCCCGAAGUGCAAAAGACACUCUCUGAUGUGAACAGCCCCGUCUACAAAGACUACGAGCGUACGCUCAUCCAAGAGCGGGAUCGCGACAUGAGCGCUGACCGCAGCGCUGAUGAUUACAACUUCUUCAGCUGCCUCUCAAGGAACCCUUGGCUGCCAGGCUGGAUUUUCACCACCACCUUGGUACUGUCUGUAGUGGUCCUCAUCUGGAUCUGCUGUGCCACCGUGGCCACCGCCGUGGACCAGUAUGUGCCCGCUGAGAAAUUGAGCAUCUACGGUGACAGGGAUUUCUUCGCAGAGCAGAAGCUCAUUCCGUACUCGCCGUCCUCCCUGUUCAUCAUCACCUCCAAAGGGCAUGGAGAAGUUAGCGAGGAGGCGGGGCCCCUUCCUUCCAAAGUAAAUAUUGGCCAGUCAGAUGUGUAAAAAAAAAAAAACAAAAAGUGUGGUGAGGUAACAACUUUUGACUCCACGUGUGCUUGCAUUGUAAGAGAAAUAAAAUAUUUCUCUUAAUUAA